GCCUAACGGCUACGGGGGCGUCCUCGUCGUCAUCGUCGUCGUCCCCGUCGCCGUAGUUGUCCGUUGUCGUCCUUGUCGUCGAUUCAACGCCGCUAGUUUCUCGGCGGUGGCGGCGCGCGCACUUCGAGUCACGUUUGGUUCGCGCCGCUCGAGAAGGAGUUUAGUAGCUGCUGCGCGGCCGCGUGCUUCGCGAACUCUUUGCAAGCCUUUUCCGUCGUAUUGUCACAACAAUCGGCUGAUAUUGGCGGGCUGGCGUCGGAUCGUUCGUCAAGCGUUAACGGACGUAGUACGAAGAAAAGGCAGAAGAGAGCGAGACAGAGGAAGAGAAGAAAGACGCGCGUGCCGGCGGCCGAAUUUCGUCGACGGUCAAAGGUAGCGGAAUCAUGCGAGUGCGAGUGCGAGCGCGGUAACGCGAGGGCAAAUAAUCGCGCGAGGACAGACGCGUCCGUUAACGAUUUAACGCGAUAACGCGCGGUGUGUGCACUCGACGUUCGAGGAUACGCGCUGACCGUCGCGUCGCGGUCACACCACGUGUUUGCAUCGGCCUCUUCGCUGAUUACGAGUCAUUAUCGCGGCCGGAGAGCGACGACGCGUGAUUGCACAGCGCGCAACGGCGGCCAACUCGCGCGCGUCUCUCCGCGCGAAUAUCGCGUGAACUAAUAUCCGAAGUGCGGCAAAUUACGCGGGGAAUCGAUCGAGACACGAAGCCGAGACAACGUCCGCCUCAAUGACCGUGAUCGAACAUUCGGAACGGCGAUCGACACGGAAGGACGGCCCGUCGCCAAACGGCCGAUCAUAUUUAUGAUCGCCCUCAGCAUUCGGCGGCGAUAGAUAAGAGACACGCCCUGCGUCCGCCACGACCACUACUACGAUCAGCGGUCAUCCGCUCCGGUCGAGCGGAUUCCUGCCCGCAGCGAAACGUGGGCAAGCUACCUAGCCGUCCACCAGCCAGUGUCCCUGAUCUGGUGUUCGAACAUUCACGUGACGUUCCCGUGGUGUUUCAUCCUUGUAACUUGCCAAUAACGCCAAUCAUGGAGACGCAGAGUGAGAUGCCGGGGAACACGACGGCGGGCAGCACGCUGUUAGACGAGGAUCUCCAUCGAAUUAUCGUAGAGCGCAGGGAAGAAUGUUUCAAGAUGAGGGUUAUGAACACGACGCCGCUACCGGAGCCAUAUUGCCGGCUUACAUUCGAUGGGUGGUCCUGUUGGCCGGACACUCUAGCGGGAUCAACCGUGUACGCACCAUGUCCGGACUUCAUCACCGGUUUUGACACAUCGCUGAUGGCGCACAAGUACUGCGAAUUGAACGGCACAUGGUUUCGACAUCCCGAAUCUAAUCAGAUAUGGAGCAAUUACACGACUUGCGUGAAUCUGCAGGAUCUGAGCUGGCAGCAAAGAAUAAGCGGAAUCUACGAGGUGGGAUACGCGAUAUCCUUGGUAGCGCUGUUACUUUCCUUAGGAAUUCUCACGUACUUCCGGUCUCUGAGAUGCGCACGGAUUACGUUGCAUAUGAACCUAUUCACCUCAUUCGCGUUCAACAAUGCCCUGUGGCUGAUCUGGUACAGAUUCAUCGUGGCGAAUCCGGAUAUAUUACUUAAUAACGGCAUACCAUGUCGCGUUCUGCACGUGCUCCUUCAUUACUUUCUAUUAACAAACUACGCCUGGAUGCUCUGCGAGGGCUUCUAUCUGCACACGCUGCUGGUAAACGCAUUCACCAGCGAGCACAAAUUAGUGAAUUGGCUGAUGGGACUCGGAUGGCCGAUGCCGGCUGUAAUCCUCACCUUGUAUACGGCAUUACGCGCUUCCAGUGACGAUCCUGCGGACACCGAGCAGUGCUGGAUCAACGAGGGCAAUUAUAUGAACGUGCUGGUUUAUCCCGUAUGCGUAUCCACCAUGUUGAAUCUGCUCUUCCUAUUUAACAUCGUGCGAGUGCUCCUUAUGAAGCUGCGCGCCGGUCCUGCCAUCGGAACGCGUCCGUCGCGAUCCAUGUUGCAGGCUUUCAGGGCGACGUUACUGUUAGUACCUCUCUUGGGACUUCACUAUUUAGUGAUCCCAUUCCGACCGCCCAAGAAGCAUCCAUGGGAGCAGUUUUACGAGGUCCUUUCGGCGAUUACGGCUUCCUUCCAGGGUCUCUGUGUGGCAGUACUUUUCUGCUUUUGCAACGGCGAGGUAAUAGCGCAGUUCAAGAGGAAGUGGGAGGGCAACGCGCUUUUGCGAAAACGAGCCAACUCCUGCACGGCCACAACUGUCUCGUUUAUCCGCUCGACCGCAGGUCCGAUGGCGGGAGAGGAGAAGGUGUGACUAUCAACCAGCAGCGUCGACGGUGCCGCAGGACGACUGCAAGCUAACCGAGGCUCAGCAUCAGGAACAACAACACCAAGCCAUGCAGAUGAUCGCCACCAGUCGAACCAGUAAUCAUGGUAACAACAACCACGCGCAGGUGCUCAUCAAGCGUGGCGACUUACACGACGAAAGCGACCAGACGCAGUGUUGAUGAUCAUCGAUCGGACAGGGUUACUCGCGUACGGGACCACGUAUAGAACGAGUUUCUUCGCGAUGUGGACGAUGGGAUAUCCCGACAAAUUCUGUCGAACUAUUUGUCGAUACGCUCCGAGAAGCGCAGCAGUGAUUUACGAGCGCACCACUCGAUGAAUUAGUGGUAUGAGUUACAUGAUAAGUCACGUAAAUUGAAUUAACACUUUGAGGACAGGGGACACAAAUUAAUGUCUUUAUGUAACCAACGCUUGCAGACACCAAUACUCAAAGCGUUAACACGCAAAUUAUUGCAACUGUGGCGGGCAGCACGUAAUUUGGAGGUUCUUGAAAAAUCGUGGGAGAAGUAAUAUAAUUAAACGGCACAAAAUUUGACACUAUGAAUUCGCCGAAAUAAAGAAGUAUCACUGUGUCGUCCCACUUAAAUACUAAAAAGAGAAUUUACAGAGGCAGUUUAUCGCCUGAGACCUAUAACUUGGAAUUUACUAAAAUGAUUUAUUUUCUUAACAAAAACAGAAUUGACCGAAUUGUGAAAGUGGGACGGACGUUGAAGGGGGAUAAUAGAUUGAUCAGGCCAAGGAUAAUUGCUCUUUUUCGAGUUAUUUAAUUUAUUAAAAAUGCUAUAAAAAUUGCAACGAGAUGAAUUGGAUAGUUUUUAAAGAUAUUAAUUCCAUAACAUUAAAAACUACAUAACUAUUAUUUUUUAUCUGAUUUAUGCAAGUAUUCAGUACACUUUGUACUUGAAAAAGUAAUGCAAAGAAAUAACAAAAUAUGAAUUCUUUUCAAGUUACCAACCCACUCCCCCUUUAACUGGACGAACUUAAUUUUGAUGUCGAUCAAUACGUAAUCGAGAUCUAUAUAAUAAAGUGUGGUAUGAUUCUCUUCACAAUAAAUCUCAACUAAAGCGCAACUGAGCGAAAACUAUCAUGUUUAAAUUAAAUAUUUCAAAAAGAGGAAUCAUAUCAAUGAUCAUUCGAUCGUCGUUUUUAUACUCUAGCGUUAUUAGUUAAUGUGUUAAUGUUCUUGCCAAUUGUUUCGAAUAUAAUGCGGUUUGUUUAAUAUAUUAAUAUAUUUUAAUAUAUUUUAACAUUAACGCAACGUGAUUUUAAAUAUACGAUGUCAUUGAAAGGCGACUCAAAACUUUGCAAACUUGUAGUACUCACUUUCUAUUAAAUUUCUUUCUCACAUUUGUUUGAUACGUAUUCAAGUUUUUUUAUUAAAAUCAUUAUUUAAAAUAUUAAAUUAUUUUAUAUUUAAAUAUUUGCCCUCUAAGAUUUUUUAUAUGAUGAUGACGAUGUCAAGUAAACAUUAAAAUAGAAGGACAAUACACAGAAGGCCACUCGUAACAAGUUAAAAUAACAAAAAAAUAAAUAAAAUAAUUUCGUAUUAAAAAAAAACUUAUUGUUAGGUAUAACAAUUUUCUGCUUUUAUAUUGCAAAAAAAAUCGCUGUUGAUCCUGAAAGGAUUGAUGCGCAGAUUUAUGUUGACUGGUCCUUUUUUAAUUUAUUGAGUACCAUAAGCCUUUGCGCAAAGUAUUGAACACUUUCUUCCAAUAACAUCCUCUACAUUGAUCAGCUGUAUACUAAUACUCAUUUCUUUGCAACGCAAUCGUGAAACAAAAAUCAUUAACGCUACAAUUAGAAUAAAUGUUAAUACGGUACUAGUCUUAACUGUGCGAUAAAUAAGAGGAAAAUUUUGCGCAUCUGUAAAUGUCAUAAGUAAAACGAAUUAAGAAUCUUCAAGGAUGGUUUUGAGGUAAAGAAGCAUUUCGUGCAAACUAGAAAGGAGACCCCAUACAGGUACCUGAGCAUUAACGCUUGGAAGUCGGAUACUUGGAGCUUUCGUUGCCGAUAGAAGUGAUAUUUUCGUGACAAUGGCCAAAGAGUUUCUCGUUUCAUCAUUUUCUUACAUAUGAAGUCUUACUUUUACAUAAUGCAUCGACUGUAAGCGGUUCUAUACGAAUAUAAUGUGAAUAUUGUGUAUAUAUAGUACGUGUAACAUCUUGAUUGUUGUAAGGAAUUCAUAUCUCCAUAAAGAAAUGAAAAGCCGAUUCCCGAGGAAAUGUUUAGAAAAUUUAAUAUAUUUUGCGAAAGGAUACAAUAAACCUGAAGCUAAACAGUCUCGA